AUGGCUCCACCUCGUCAAUGCGCUCGUACGCCCAAGACACCAACCAACGAGCAACUGGCUCAGAAUUUGCAACAUCUGACGCAGAUCAUGCAGACCUUGAGUGAAGCUCUUAUGCACAAUAACCAUACUGCUCCACCGCCGCAGCCUGCCGGACAUCGGGAUGUGGGGCGUCUAGUCUCGGGACAUAGGCCACCCGUGUUCGCCGGAGAGGAGGAUCUAGUGAUACUGGAGGAGUGGAUCCGAAACCUCGACAAGAUCUUCUCAGUUGUAGGGUGCCCUGAGGAGCGUGGAGUGGAGCUGGCCUCUUUUUACUUCAGUCACGAGGCCGAUCUCUGGUGGGUGCAUGAGGGACCCGCAUGUCAAGAUCAGCCCGACUUCGACUGGACAGCUUUGAAGGACCGGAUGAGAGAGCGAUUUUACCCAUCGCAUGUCCGAGCUGCUAUGUACGAGGAGUUUCUACAUCUCCAGCAGGGCUCAUCUUCUGUGGUGGAGUACCACAAACGCUUCUUGGAGCUUGCCCGCUUUGCAAGGAUGCUAGUCCCCGCCGAGCUCGCGAAGGUUGAGAAGUUCGUGGCUGGGCUCAACUAUGAAGCCCGGAAGGCGUUGACCGUGAGCAAGCCGAGGACCUUGAAGGAGGCUUAUCUGAGCGUUGCCGAUCUUUACCGGGUACAACAGUUGCAGAGAGGGUCGUUUGAGCUCGCUAAGAAGAGGAAUGAAGGCGGUGGAUCCCACAGUUUCAAGAAACCGAGACAAGACUUCCGAGCAAGGAACGCACCUCCCCACCUCAAGGAUCAACCCGAGUAG